UCUGACGUAAAUAUUGUAGUAGCCCCCUAGUCCACUGCUUAAUUCCAACUCCAUUUUCUCUCGCCCUGUCUCCUCUCCCCAGCGAUCUCCAGAGAAAUUCCGAAUUUACUUGCCCACACAGUACACGGACUCCAUCCCUUUUGCUGCGUGGGUUUUAGGCUUUUGUGGGUUUUUGGAAUUUUCAGAAACAAACGCCCCAAUUUUGUGGGUUUUGCAGAACAAUUUCGAGCUGGUUUUGCUUGUGGGAUGUGAAAAGCUUGGAACUUGAGAAAACAUGCCUACAUGGUGGGGGAAGUCAUCAUCAAAGCAAGCGAAAAAGAAAACAACCAAAGAAAGUUUCAUCGACACAUUACACAAGAAGUUCAAGAUCCCAGAAAGCAAAUCUUCCGGAAGAUCAGGAUCUACCAGAAGACGUUCGAGUGACACUAUUUCGGAAAAAGGGUCUCAUUCGAGAUCACCGUCACCUAUCGUAGCCCGAUCACAAAGUGUUGCCGAACGAGCACAAGCCCAACCACUCCCCUUACCUAGUUUAGGCUCGGCAAAUGUCUUUCGCACAGAUUCUGCAAAAAGCGAACCCGCAAAAUCGACGAAUGUCUCAAAAACUUCUCUGUUUUUGCCUCUCCCGAGGCCUGCACGCAUUCGGCACAAGCCGGAGGCUGCUGACUUGGACGGAGAAUUGGUUGUGGCUUCUAUUUCUAGCGAAUGUUCGGUCGAGAGUGAUGAUCAUCAGGUUGAUUCAAAUCAGCUCAGUGCUCCUGCAAAUGACCUCAAUAUUGGAAGUAGAGCUGCUGGGGGUAGCCCUUCAGGCAAUUCUAGAAGGCAUCAGUCACCAAUUGCACCACAAGUCUCAAAGGAGUUGCCGGUACCUGUAAACCUUUGCUCCAAUGAAAAGAACUCGUCUUCACUACCUAAAAGGCGGCCUUUGAGUCGCCAGGUGGCGAAACUACAGGUUCCUUCUCGAAGCGUGCUUUACAGCGCACCAGAUAGCUCGAUUUCUAGUCCGUCAAGAAGUCCUAUGAGACCCUCCUCCGGUAAUGAUCAGGCGGCAAAUCCUGCAAAACUUUAUCCGGAGCCUUUCUUUCUUGGAUCCGGUCAAUGCUCCAGUCCUGGCUCGGCAGAGACCUCUGGACACAAUUCAGUGGGAGGAGACAUGUUGGGCCAAUUAUUCUGGCAGCAGCCCAGUAGAGGAAGCCCGGAGUACUCACCUAAUCCAAGCCCACGAAUGACGAGUCCAGGCCCAAGUUCGAGGAUCCAAAGUGGGGCUGUGACACCCCUUCAUCCUAGAUUUGGAGGGCACUCAGAGUCACAGGGUAACUGGCCAGAUGAUGCUAAGCAGAAAAGUCACAGAUUGCCUCUUCCUCCUGUGACAAUUUCCAAUUCUUCACCAUUUCACAGUCCUAAUGCAGCUGCCACGUCACCUUCAGUACCACGAAGUCCCGGACGAGCAGAAAAUCUUGCGAGUCCUGGCUCACGUUGGAAAAAGGGGAAGUUGCUCGGGAGGGGAACGUUUGGACAUGUUUAUGUUGGUUUUAAUAGUGAAACGGGAGAGAUGUGUGCCAUGAAGGAGGUGACAUUAUUUGCUGACGAUGCAAAAUCGAAGGAAAGUGCGAAGCAGCUGGGACAAGAGAUUGCAUUGUUGAGUCGCUUAAAGCAUCCUAAUAUCGUCCAAUAUUAUGGAUCAGAAACGGUGGAUGACAAGUUGUAUAUUUACUUAGAAUAUGUAUCCGGUGGUUCAAUCCACAAGAUUCUUCAAGAAUAUGGGAAACUCGGGGAAUCUGCUAUCCGCAGUUACACUCAACAGAUUUUGUCGGGACUUGCUUAUUUACAUGCCACAAACACUGUGCAUAGAGAUAUUAAAGGUGCAAAUAUACUCGUGGAUCCAAAUGGCCGUGUUAAGUUAGCAGAUUUUGGCAUGGCAAAGCAUAUUACAGGCCAAUCUUGCCCAUUAUCGUUUAAGGGUAGUCCUUAUUGGAUGGCACCUGAGGUCAUAAGGAACUCAAAUGGGUCUAGCUUACCUGUUGAUAUAUGGAGUCUUGGAUGCACUGUAUUAGAAAUGGCUACAGCAAAACCUCCUUGGAGCCAGUAUGAAGGGGUGGCAGCUAUGUUCAAGAUUGGAAAUAGCAAAGAACUUCCAGCUAUACCCGAUUACCUUUCGGAUGAAGGCAAAGAGUUUAUUAAGUUGUGCAUGCAGCGUAAUCCCCAGAACCGCCCCACGGCAGCUCAACUUCUCGAGCACUCGUUCGUGAAAGGUUCGUCUCCUCUGGAGAAAAACAUCUCGUCGUCUUCUUCACCUGGUUUGAUCAAUGCUGUUAAAUCCCAGGCAAUUGGCCAUGCAAGAAGUCUUCAACAACAGUCGGAUCCGACUGAGGGACUUGCUAUCCACUCGUCUAGAGCAUCGAAAUCUAGUUUCCAUUCAAGACCUAGAAAAGCUGAUGUGGCAGAAGAAGAACAAACUGAAGAUUGUGAUAUAGUUUCCAUGGGUGCUGCAAAUCGGUGCGCCGAUUUGCAAUAA